AUGGCGACGCCGACGCAGGUGUUGAUAGCCCAUACGGGCCAGCGCCUGCAGGUUGACAUCUCGCAGUUCGCAACUUUGGAUGAGUUCAAAGCCUGGGUCGCUCGGCCGAGCUCCAUCUCGCCGCAAAACAUCAUUGCCCUCACGCCGCAAGGCAAGACUGUCAAGAUUCAGACGAUACACUUCGAAAAGGAAAUAUACAUCUACGACGUCCGGAUAACGCAAGCCUCGCCUACCGGCACACCAGCACACCUUGCUUCCGAGGAGCCCAUUCCGAAGCAGUACACUGUCACGAAUGCGCCCGAUUACAUCGAGAACACCCAUUCGCUCCAGUCAUGGCAGGACCUGUUCAAGAGCCGCCGGGACUGGGCCUUCAAAAUAAUAGAGGACUGUGCGGCCAUGACCGAAGCUUUCCAGGCCCGUCACGAGGAAAUGAAGGUCAUGACCAAAUGUCUCGAUGCAGCCGUGGCUAACCUGGACUCGGCAGUCCGACCACAGGAACCUAAAUUUAACGAAUUGAAGAAAUGGGUCGCCCCAGCACAGGAAGAGUACGGCACCCUUGCAACAAAUUGGGAGCAAUAUAUGGAUCUUGCGCGGGGCAUCACGAUUUCAGCAACCAUGGUGCGAUUUAUGACUGGACGAGACCUGCGCAAGUCCCGGCAGGCCACACUCGAAGAUCUGAUCGACCUGGACACUGCUCGUAAAGCUGGGAAGCUUGCAGCAUCGUCUCUGCGGAAAUUCAACAACAAGGUCGCUGAGCUGGAUAAUAUGGCAGACAAAAUGUUUGGCGGCUGCGACGAUUUGUUCCAGGAAAUCGACAAGGUCAUGUCUCGCUCAAUAUUGACCCAUGGUGAUGAUGCAGCACAACUACUCGAGGACAUUGAAGCCGUGGCCAAGAAGAUAGAUACGGAUUAUCAGGCAACAUUAGCCUACUCGAGCUCGACUAGGGACGUCCUGCAAGCAUCGAAGACGGCCGCAAACCACACCGAACGUCUGUUGCCAAGUGUUCAGAAUAGAGCUCGGGAGAUGGACGAGCUGCUCAGAGACGCAACCCGAGCGAGAAACGAUUUAUCUGCCGAGUCCCUUGUGUUGAUGCGUACGAUCGCUGAAAUAACGAGUUUUCUUCACAACCUCAAGACGAUGAUGGGUGUCUUGAACCAGGGUGAAGAGGAAAUGACCACUUUCGACUAUUUACGACUCAUACAACAGUUGCCAUUCAUGUACGCAUCCUUCAUGGCUGAAUCAAUGCGUCGGAGAGAAUGGUCAGACAAGGUCAAAACAGAUUCCUCAACUCUGGUCAACGAAAUGGCUUUAUUCCAAGACGAGGAGCUCAAACGGCGUCGCAAAUGGCAGAAAAUGGUGGGCAGUACUUACGGUCCCGACAAGACAGAGAGCAAUGUGCUUGGCCUCGAGGUCAAUGUCCUUGGCCAAGAGGAGGCGUGGCCAGCGGUAAACAAAAAGGACCUGGACGACUUCCUAGCCGUGGUACAACAUCAUAGGGCUGAUACAACAGUAAUCGAGGACAUUCAAAAACUUAUCAAUGAGCUCAAUUCACCAACCAAGCAGCAGAUGAAAAGGGUGAAGGCUUUCAAGAACGGCAGUGUCCAUGAAGCAGCUCUUGGUAGAAGCGGACUUCUUGUCCGUGGUGAUGACGACCUGUUGCGUGGCCUUCAAGCCGAUAAGGCCAUGUUGGAGGGCAAGCUCAAGACAGCAGAGAGCCGGGUCCGACGCCUUGAAGGACUCUUGCAUCGCCAGAGCACCGAAUCCAGACCUUCGAUCGGCAACCUUUUCCAGCCUGGGAGCCACGAUCGCAACAGCUCCGUGUCUUCGAUCAAAUCUCCAGCCAUCCCCGAUGAUCGACGAUAUUCCAAUGUGUCUGACAACAGUGAAGCCCUGCUCAGGCGUAUUACCCAGCUUGAGGGAGAUCUUGUCACUGAAAAAGAGAGAUCCGCGGUUUUCGGCAAAGAAACCGCUGCCCGUACCAAGGACAUGGAGGGUCGAAUGGAUGAAGUCAAUUCCAUCAAGAAGGAUCUCCUGGAGAACAUGGAUGCUCUGCAAAAGGAGCACGACAGGGAGCGAAAGACCCUGGAGAAUGAGAUCAAGACCUUGAAGGCUCGCCUGGAAGAGACCGAAGACGAGAUUGAGCAUUUCGGGCAGUCUAGGGAAGACGAAAAGGGAGCAUUCAUAGAUAGAAUGCGAUCCCUCGAGGAUGAAGUCGAGCGUCUUAACCAAGAGAAGCAUGACGAGACUCUCAAAACGCAAGGCCAGGUCGAGUUUUUGCGCAACGAAGCAAGAAUGCAGCGAGAACGAAAUGAGUCCUUGGAAAAGCAGUUGCAAGAGGCAAAUGAGGCUGUUAAGACGCUUAGUAGAAGAGCCGAAGCAUCCGAGGCCAGUGCUGAGACUCACAUCCAAACUCUAAGGGACAUCCAUGGUCAAAUAUCACCACGGGAAAAGAUCCCCGAGGACAUCAGUGACCUCAUGGAGGCUGUCGCCACGAAAUCCAGUGAUGUUCUGUCCAAGGUCAUGACGCUUGAGGAGGAUAUGACUUUACUGAAGUCUGAUCUAGAGAUCGCUCAAGAAACGAUCAAGGAAAGCAAGACUGAAGUUGCAAUGACACAAGAAAAGCUGUCAUCCGAGGAAGCUGCCCGAAUCAAGCUAAAUGAGGUCUUCGAGGAAGAAAAGGCCAAGAGUCGGACUCUUGAAAAUGAGAUAACAGAAGCGCGCGAUCAGCUCAGUGAGCUCCGUAUGAAGAUGACGGAGGGCGAGUCAGGCUCGGAAACGCUGAGAAAGAAGCUUGAGGAGAAAGAAAAGAAAGUCGCCGAGCUCAUGGAGACACUCGCUGCCAGACAGUCCCAUACUGGCAGCCUGGAGGAGGAGGUUCGCAUGUACCGUGAGAAGCUCGAUUCCUUGGAUUUGCGCGCCAUGGGCUUGAGUCAACGUUUUGAAGGACGCAACGAGCGCACCAAGGAUCUGACUCAACGCUUGUUCACUUACAAUGAGCGACUACUCCGGCUUCUUGAGAGGCUUUCCUUCUCAGUCAACCGGCAAGACGGCAAGAUGACUAUACAGAAGAUCCCUCGUGCCGAACGAACAUCCAAGGAUGCAAAUGACUCGUCAGAUCCAAGUAGUUCUGUGCGACGUUCGGUGUCAAUGGGUGCCACACUCGCCGACAGCACUGACUUGAAAUUGUUGUACUGGAUGAACGCUGAGGAUGCCGAAUUGGAAACGUCUCAGUACCAGGGAUUCGUGUCUGGCCCUGGUUCCUUCGACAUUGAUGCUUUUGCCGAGGCAAUCUACCGGCGGGUCAAAGAGUUAGAGCAUACGGCUCGCAAAUAUACCAAGGAUGCACGCAAUUAUCGUGAACGAGCACAUCAAGCCGUUAAGGAUGCCCAUGACAAGAUUGCUUUCAGGCAUUUCAAGGAAGGCGACCUGGCGCUGUUCCUGCCGACUAGAAAUCAAACCACUGGGGCUUGGGCAGCUUUCAAUGUUGGCUGUCCUCACUUCUUCUUGCGUGAGCAGGAGUCUCACCGCCUGAGGCAGCGUGAAUGGCUCGUAGCUCGCAUUACGCGGGUGCAGGAGCGCGUUGUGGACCUGUCCAAGAGCUUGAGUUCAUCAACUGCUGCCCAUGCUGGCGAGACCGAUUCCGUAAAUACCAGCAACGGUAGCGGGGAGACUGAAUUUGACAACCCAUUCGAUCUCUCUGAUGGGCUCAGAUGGUGGCUUGUUGAUGCUGCCGAGGACAAAGCCGGAGCGCCAUCAACACCGGGUUUGGGCAAAAGCACCGUGGCCGCCAAUACCGUAGAGGCUGUGGCCGAUAUACACACACACCAAGCAAGAACCGGUGCGAGCAGGUUGCUUCCUGGUGGCAAAGCAACGGGCAUUGAAGGCGUUAGUCGUACGCUCAGCAAAAGUCUUGAAAGCCGUCGGUCAAGUUCAGGCAGUGUCAAUAGAAAAGCUCUGCCUUUUGCUGGCGGCGCUGGCGCCGGCGCUGCCAAGAGUAGUGCAUUGGCUUCUGAGACGAAUAGUCUGCGUGCUGGUCCGUCAGACAGCCCCGAUCUGGCCGGUAGCGUUGGGGCGAUGGGCAAAGGAAAGGCAGUGGAACACUCUUCAGGUUCUGGAUCCGCCAAAGCCAGCGGUGGACAUGCCGAGGGCGAUGAGGACUGGCAACGGAUGCCGCCACCGCCUCCACGGUCCCAGCCAACUUCCACAUCACCAGCCAAAUCCAAGCCCGCCAGCCUAUACCGUGGUAGCCCUUCCAAACAACGGCUUCAUCAAGGUGCAGGUCAGAAUUCAGAAGGAGGCAACGGUCACCAACAGCUGCAAAGAGACACAAGCAAUACCAGUGCCGACAGCCGUGAUAAGAGCGUGGUCUGGGAUUCUCUUUGGAGUCUCGACGUUAGCUAUCCCGGAAAGUAA